UGCGCUGCACUUGCUUUCAGUUGGAUCCCCGUCGCCCAGCUAGAAACACACGCAGCAGCAGCCUAUCCGUGCUGUGUAUAGUCUGUGUAUAGUGCUCGUUUUUCUUUUUCUCUAUUGGUCUCACACGGUCGGCGAUCCAUUUGCUUGCAGCUACGCAUUGGAAUAUAUUCCGUCGUUGGUAUUUCAGGAAUAAGUGAAACGGGAAAACUGAAAAGAUUUCAGGGCUAGAGUUCUGAGUCUACGCAUUAGAUCCUCUACUCCCUGAACUGGAUAUUCACGCAUGGCAAGAAGAUCUGCAACAGUGUUUAUAUAGCUUUCCACUUCUUCAUUAUAAGAUGAAUAAGUUCAUCGUCUUCCUAGUCGUCAUCGCAACAACCGCUUCAGCAUCAUUUGCACUCAAUCUAGAAACCUGUAAUGCAUCUCUCGGUCUAGAAUCCGGCCACAUCAAAGAUGCGGCUAUCACGGCGAGCUCCUCGUACGACGCCAGUAAUGUGGGACCUCAAUUCGCUCGGUUAAACCAAGAUAAAAACGGAGGAGCGUGGUGUCCCAAGCAGCAGGUUAUGCGUGGCGUGAAAGAGUGGCUCGAGAUUGAUUUGAAAACAAUGCAUGUCAUUUCUACUGUCCAGACGCAGGGUCGUUUUGGAAACGGACAAGGCCAGGAGUACGUCGAGCAGUUUAAAUUAGAAUACUGGAGACCUGGGAUGGAACGGUGGAUGCGCUAUCGAAAUCAAACUGGUGCCGAAAUCUUUACUGGCAAUACUAACACUUACAUGGUGGCAAACAACUAUUUAAAUCCAGUUAUACUUGCUACCAAGAUAAAAUUCGUGCCAUAUUCUAUACACCGCAGAACAGUUUGUCUUCGUAUUGAGCUCUCCGGUUGUAAAUUUGAAGAGGGAGUUGUUAGCUAUUCUGGCCCACAAGGAGAUGUUUUCCGUAACAGCGACCUGAUCGACGAGACCUAUGAUGGAAUUGUGGAAAACGGAUUUCUCAAGGGUGGGCUAGGCCAGCUCCUUGACGGGCGCGUCGGUCAGAACAACGUCGAGAAUGUCAGUAAAGGUUACGGAUGGGUUGGCUGGCAAAAUAAGACGAAUGCCCCACGUCUCGGUCUUUUAGAACUGACAUUCGAAUUCGAGGGGGUCCGCAACUUCUCGCGAAUCGAUGUCUUCGUUAACAACGACUACCACAAACACAUCCAGGUGUUCUCGGUAUUGCGAGUGUUGUUUAGCAUUGGAGGUCGUCAGUUCCCCUUAGACAGCGCCGUCACUUAUUUCUACAUGCCCGACCAUUUCUUGGACAACGCCCGCAACGUAUCGAUCAACCUCGGGUUUAAAAUGGCGCGAUACCUAAAGCUGCAAUUUACCUUCGCUGCAGAGUGGCUUGUGGUCUCCGAAUUUUAUUUUACUUCUGAACAAGCUGUUGGAAAUUUUAGUGACGACGUUCGUGAUAGGGGACGUCAAAAGGACGAGGGGUUCUUACAGCGAGACGCAGUUGCCCAAAUCAAAACAUCAGACAUAGAAGAAGACUUUUCGACGCAAAGUUAUUCUAGUCAUACCGGAAUUGUCAUAGGAGUAAUGACUUCAAUUAUCAUCGCUUUAGCCAUUGCCCUGGCUGUCGUCAUCGGUAAAAGUGUACACAAUGUUGAAAAAAGUGUCGAACAAUCCAUUCUGCAGACGUCUUUUGGAAGAAUGAGUCCGCAAAAUCUGGGUUUGGAAAUUCAACGUAAUAGUGCAGAUUACGAUUUUGGGACGACAAACAGCGCCAGUUAUGAGAAAACGAUCUACUCUCCGAUCGAUGAGCGAAAUUUAAUGAAUUUAGGGAGAAAAAACGCUUCCAUUGAAAAUUCAUCUACGUUUUACAACGAGCCAUUUUCGGACGACGAUUCUUGCUCUCCCCGUUUAAACGUGAAAACCAAAAAACAAGCGGAUGAUCGGACAGAAAGUAUUGCUUUAGGUGAGCAGGAUUACGAUGUUAUUCCAGCGUAUCCGUAUGAAACUGAGAAGACUUCACCCAUGAUUGGCUCCCCGACAACGAAUGUCUCCUUCAUGUCCCGGCUCUAUUCACAUAUGAAUUAUUCACGAAUCGAAGCGCAACAGCAUCCGUCAACACCACCUUCUCAGUUGACACGGAGCGGCUCGAUCCUUUCCAAUGACAAGGAAGGAUUCUACGCCACGACAGAAUUAUUCCAACAAAGCACUGGGACAACUGAGCUAAGGGAAAUGUGUUCGACGAAAUUGAAUCGCAUUAAUCACUUGUCAUGUGGCCAAUUCGGAGAUAAUUUAUAUUUAUGCCAGUUAACAGAAGACUCAAUGAGCACAACUGUAGUGCUCUCUCGCCAGUUUCCGUCUUAUUGGAAAAACGACGAAAUGGACAAAGAAAUUCAGACACAGUGCAAACUGCAACACGACAAAAUAUUGCCAUUCCUCGGUCUUGUAUUACCACAGCAGCCGGAAAACAGGUUUUCGAUUAUAUUCGGCUACGGUGACGUUACGGACAUGUAUCAAUUUCUUCAAAAUCACGUUGCAGAAACGUCUUCUUUAAGUGAGAGGAGUUUAAGCUACGGAUGCCUUAUUUUUAUGGCAAAACAAAUUGCGGCUGCAAUGGAAUACUUGGAAAUUCAUAACAUAAUACAUCGAGAUUUGGCAGCUAGAAACUGUCUAGUAGAUUCCAAUUAUGGCGUGAAAAUUGCUUGCUUCGACAUAAGUAGCAAAUUGUAUCCAGGCGAUUAUUUCAUGAUGGACGAUGGUCGAUACUUGCCCUUAAGAUGGAUGGCAUGGGAAAGUGUUACAUUGGAAAAGUUUAGCUCAAGCAGUGACGCAUGGUCUUUCGGUGUUCUCUUGUGGGAGAUGUUGACAUUUGCUCGCGAUCCGCCAAUUGAGGCUCUAACUGACAAUGAAGUACUCCGUUUACUAACGCAUUACCAGCAACAAGGCGGAUUAAACGAGAUAUUACUUUCCUGGCCGAUCCUUUGCCCUAAGGAUAUCUACGACUUAAUGUGUGAAUGCUGGAAAUGCAACCCCAACGAUCGACCUACAUUUAAAGAAAUCCACAUGUUUUUAAUGCGCAAAAAUUUAGGAUAUCGCCACAGAAUCAAAUAAUCCACACCCAAAAACAAAAUUUGGAGGACACCAAUUAGCACAUGUUGAGUGAGGAAGCAGUAUCGUCUGAUUAUAUUCAUAUUUUAUUAAAUCGUUGUAAAGUUCUGUAGCUUAGUGCACUAAUACCUGAAAGCAUUGACGAAGCAAAUCUUUUUUAGCUUUACUUCAAAUAAUGAGAUUUAAAUUCGAAACCAUAACGUCUAAGAAGUUGUGCGAUUUAUUUACUCUCAGUAAAAUAAACGCUUAUAUACAUUAUAGGUAUUCUGAAAUGCUAAAAAUAAUUCCAAUAACUUUUUAUUGAACUACAAAUAAUGCAUUUGUAUGUAAAAAUAUGCUGGGGGAUUGCGCAUAGUGUCAAAUUAUUUUUCAAACGCAUAAAGAUGAUUAGAAUCAGUGGAUUUGUGGUCCCGAAUUUGUUAAUAUUUAUUGUACAGCAUGGCUAUACCAACUAUAAAAUAUGCUUUAACUAAAUUACUAUGGGGGAGAACAGGUUCAUCAUGGACACGGAUCAUUUUGGGCAAAUGCCAUAAACGUUUCAGUUCAUGGGUGAAAAUUAGAUUUUUCAUAUUUUUUAAAAUAGAUUUCAGUGAUUCACGCCACAGAAUACAUUUUUAUUAAGUUCGCAUCCCAUGUAGCAAUUGGUCUCGUUUUUAUGUCAAUUUGAUACUCGUUGAUACUACAAUGUCUUUUUGACAUUCAUGUCACAUUUUCAACAUGACGUGAUAUUUU